CCUAUCAAAUUGUUUCCCUUCAACAAAAAAAUCUCAUAUGACAAAAAAACAUCAAAACGAUCAUGUCAUCUGAAAAAUUCGAAAAUUUAGAAGACGAUUUCUCUACGUCGAUUGAUAGACUUCGUCCUGUUAUUGAGGGAAUCACCAAUCAAACUGGAGAACAAAGGAAAAAUGCGGUCCGACAAGCUGAGAAGAAGGUUGAAGAAGCAAAUUUCAUUAUGCAGGAAAUGGAGAAUGAAGCGAAGAUUGCGCCAACCCAGUACCGUACCCAGAUGCUGGGACGGCUGCGAACAUACAGGAAAAACCUCGACCAACUUAACAAAGACCUGAAGAGAAAAACAGAAGUAGGAUUUUACCAGGCGGAGAACUAUGGCUUUGACAGAGAUGAGAGACUAGAGGCAUCACAGCGUAAUCGACUAGUUCAGGGCACACAAUCGUUAAACCGAGCCUCGGAGAGUAUUGCCCGCUCACACCAGAUUGCUGCAGAGACAGACCAGGUCGGCACAGAGAUAAUUGAUGAGCUUGGUAGACAGAGGGAGGUGCUUACAAGGACAAGAGGCAGGUUGCAUGACACUGAUGAUAAUCUAGGCAAAAGCAGGAAGAUAUUAAAAACCAUGGCAAUGAGGGUGAUGACAAACAAGAUGAUACUAAUCGUGGUUAUACUACUGGAGCUUGGUAUUCUUGGACUGAUAGUGUAUUUCCGCUUCAUACGGAAAUAACUUCAUAUAUUAAAAUAACAUGUGCCAGAUACUGAACAAAUUUGUGUAAGGAUUAACCUGGGACUCAUUAACACCUGGCUUCCUUAAUCCCUGGCAAUGUUUCAGAUGUUGCCGUUAUCUUUCUGGACAAUAUUGAUUUGUUUAAAGAACACUUCUAAGCAUAACAUGCCACUUUAAAGUGGCACUAAUAUUCAAAGUCAAACAUACAUAUGUAUAACAAACAUAAAUUUUGAGUGAUAAACCUUUAACUACUUCCUAAAUAAUGCAUCUAUGGAAAAUAUUAAUUACUGGUAGCAAGAUUGUAACCAUGUAUUUAAUAGCUGAAUACACAAAAUUAUUAAAUGAUUGGUGAGUGCUAAAAUAUUAACUGCAAUCUACUAUCGUCUUAUAAGGUAGAAAUACCAUGUUUUCUGCUCCUUUCUUCCAAAUUAAACUUGGUAUCCUUCAUAAAAACCAUUGAUUUCGAGAUUUUUUCAUCUUUUUUGUUAUAUUAUAACAAUUGUAUUAAUUGUGGUAUAUUGGAGUUAGAAUGCAUGUUUAAGCACACAGCUACGAAAACAUGUUGCAUUCAACGCUCAAAAAUAGAAAAUUAAGUUUUAUUGAUGCCAUAUUAAAACUAAUGCACAAUUUUUUCUUUGUUUUGCGAUGCCAUGCAAAAGAGAUCAAGAAAUUAUAUUCUGUGUAAAUGUGCCUUUCUUAUUAUUUAAAAAAAGAAGAAAAUAAUUGCUAGGGAUGUGCAAUAUGUUUGAUGUUGAUUGUUUAUUUGUUUUAUUAUAAUUAUAAUACAUGUAUAACUGGUGAUAAUUGGCCAUAAAACCUGGUUAGAAAUCUUGGACAGAAGUAUCAAACAUACAUGGACCACAAUCCUACAUAUACAACAAACCUACAUGUCACACAAACCUUUCAUGUACAACAAACAUACAUGUACCUCAAACAUACAUGUGCCACAAUCCUACAUGUACAACAAACCUACAUGUACCAGAAACCUACAUGUACCUCAAACAUACAUGUGCCACAAUCCUACAUGUACAACAAACCUACAUGUACCAGAAACCUACAUGUACCUCAAACAUACAUGUACCACAAACAUACAUGUACAACAGUCCUACAUGUACAACAAGCCUACAUAUCACAAACAUGUAACGUAAACCUACAUGUACUACAAACCUACUUGUACCAAAAACCUACAUGUAUCUUAAACCGUACACGUACAACAAACAUACACAUACAACAAACAUACAUGUACCUCAAUCCUUACAUGUACAACAAACAUACAUGUACAACAAACAUACACGUACAUCAAACAUACACAUACAACAAACAUACAUGUACCUCAAUCCUUACAUGUACAACAAACAUACAUCGGCCACAAACAUACAUGUACCAAAUGCCUUCCUGUACCAAAUCCACACUAGAUUUCUAUUUGCAAGGAAUUUUUAGAUUUUUGCUCCUCUGUUUUUGAAGAAAAUAAUUAUUGUCAUAGCCUUGGCGUUGAUGGAGUCAUUAUUGGCGUGAAAAAUUAACAACUAUAACCAUAACUCAAAAAUUGUAAAAGAUAUUGAAACAAAUGUUGCCUGAGACAAUAACGCUGGCUUUUGAACUAUGCCGCAUAUUUGACUGUAAAUAACAGAAGAGUACUUUUCUCUUGCUCCACAGCACUCUAGCUUGACUGGCUUAAAUACUAUGUUCUUUUUUUCUUGAUAUUUCUUUUUUAUGCUAUUGAAUUUAUUGUUAGUUUCAUGAAUAAUGUUCUUAAUUUGCAAAAGAGUGUGAUCCAAAGUUGUUCUUGAUUUUAAUCUAACUCUCUUGUUGUGAAUUCAACGUAAACAUCCACUGCCAGUUAUUCAGUAACUCUUCAUGACAUUGUAAAUAAAGUGCAUUUGUUUUGUCAUGUUUUGAAAAAAAAAGGUGUUAAGUUUGCAUAGGGCACAGUUUGGCCCUUUUAACAACGGGCAUAUUACAAAAUAUCAUUAGAUCAAGAAUUUUGAUAAAGACAGGUUAGACGUUUCAGGCAGUAAAACAUUCUAAUUAAUAGAACAAUAAUACUGCAAAAAUCAAAUAAAUUGUCUAAUUCAAACUAUUAUAUUCAAAGAGUAUAUAAUAACUUCCUAGUAAUAUUGUUUUGAAAACGUGAACAAUGUGUUCGUUGAUAGGAUGGUUGUUAUUUUUCUUACACCCUGAGAUGACACAAUUUGUUCAGAAUUUCUAUAUGAAAACAAAUUACAUUAGUCUUUGUGUCUAACUAUGUGUGUAAAUGUAAAUGAGGCCUGUCAUAUUAUUUUUCUUGUGUCAUUAUCUAUAACGUGAUAUUUUAUGUAUGUUAACUAAAAAUAAAUUAUUUUUAUACA